CUACAAUAAAAAUUAAAAAAAAAAAAAUUAGUAAGUAAACUUAACACCGUAUUAUUAGAUACUGGAACAAUAUUUCAUACCUAAUUAAUUUUAAAUAUUUAAUUAGAAGAUGAUAUGUAGCGAUCAUCGGUAACCAAUAAUUUUGUCUAAGAAGUAAGAUAUAGUUCACGAUUAUAUUAUAUUAUGACACGUCCGAAAAAGAUACGCAUGUUAUUAUUGUUCUUUAUCUAUUAUUUUUUUAAUAUAAUUUACGAAAUUAAAUUCCAACUGCAGUAUGUAUAUAGUAUUUGUGCAUAUAGGUAUCGCGCCUAUUAUAUAAGUACUUAAUAAUAAUUAAUUUUAUAAUAUUGACUAAAUAUUGACCUCAUUAUAAUAUUUAACAUCACCGUCCGUUUUUUACCAGUUUACCUAUUACAGGAUUACAUAGGUAGAGGUCGGUAGGUACCUACCUAUCUACCUAGCCUAUUACAUUUAAAAUAUUAUUAUAAUAUCAAAGAGCUUCACAUCACCGGCGGUGACCUUUUUAUUAAGAUUGACCUUCGAAUAGUUCUAAUGAAUGUUUUUUUUUCUAUAAAAGCGGUGUUCAGACGAAAUGCCGUACCUUCGUUUGGUUUUUAAAAUAUUCAGCUAUACUUAUUUAUACAUGUUUCAUAGGUACCUACCUACCUAUACAUAUUAAACUUAACGUGACCGAAUAUUUUUCGGAGACCUUCGUCGUGGCUCAUGCAUGAUUCAUAGCACAGCGCGCUAUUGAGUUACCUAGGUAGUAGGUGCUUAUUAUUAUUGACAGUGUAUUUGUCUUUCCGUCCCAAACGCUAUCUAGAUGCAUAUUUACACGUAUUUUGAUAAUAUAGUUAAUUAUUAUUACCUAUUAAUGCACGCCUAAUAAUAUUAUACCGCUUAUUUCACAUAGUUUACCGUUGUUAUGAAAUUUCACGUUACCUCAAAAUCAUAGCUACAAAAACCAUAGAUAUUUCAUAGAUAAUAUUAUGACUAGUCCACGGACUAGGUAUAUCUUAGUCCGUUGUCUAGUCUCACAUAAAUCAUAAGUAAUAAUUUGACUAUUAACUCGGGUGACUAAUCGCUCUUGCGCACUACCAAUAGAUUCUCAAUCGCCAGUGCUUCAUUUUUCAAGUUGCUUAUACGCUUUUAAUCUUUAGUUCUAUGGUAGUAUGGUCUAUGCAUUAUUCACAUAUGGUAUUAAUAUUCAGAUUUUUUGAAUCCAAUUAAGAAUGUCGGAAACCAUACAAAAACAUUCACUAAUCUCUUUCCUAUGAUUAUUGAUUAUAAUACCUAUUAUUUACUAACGCAUUUUCGAAAGAGGUUGGUUACACUGUAAUAAGCGUGUCGGCGUCUGUAGGCGUGGGUUCCCGACCCCCGUUAAGAUUUUCGUGUAUACAAUAUACAAGGCCCGGCGGCUGAUUUUCGUUGAAUGUUAUUAUUUGUUGACCGAUCAUUAUGUUAUUUUGUUAUAAAACAAUAUUCUAAUUAUCAACCGCUAUCGUUUGCUAUUAAUAAAGUGUCUUAUAUAUUAUUUUUGACGUAUUUAUAUAUAUUUUUUUUUGUCGCGUUUUAUGCGAAUAUUGUUGUUACGGAGGUGAUCCAUUACCAGCGUUGCAAUGUCGCAGAGGGUAUCAAGAAAAGGCAGCGCGGCCAGGAAUACGCCGCAGCCUGAUGAAUCAACAAGCACGACAAACAGCGAGAAGAGCAGACGCCUGGGAACAUUAAGCCCGACUCGGUUCAGUCGAAUACAGGAAAAACACGAGUUACAAAAUUUGAACAACCGUUUGGCCGCUUAUAUUGACCGCGUCAAAUACUUGGAAACCGAAAAUUCAAAACUGACCAAGGAACUUCAUUCGUCUCAGGAGGUGACAACCCGGGAGGUAACUAACGUUAAAGUACUGUUUGAGUCGGAGAUUGAGGAUUUAAGAAAUGCACUAGACCGUGAGGCUAAAGAAAAAAGUCGUUUAGAGUUGGAAAAUAGGCGAAAAAUUUUGGAAUUUGAAGAGCUCAAAACCAAGUUAGUACAUUUUUAUUUUAUAUACCUAUUAUGUUCUGUGCCUUAUUAUAAUAAUCAUUUUAUCAAAUUCAUUAAGUUAUAAUUUUUCUUUCAAACCAAUAAAAUCAUUGAGUAGGUUAAAUUAUAUUGACAUUAAAAAUUUAAAAAGUUUACUGUUCUAUAAUUUCAUUUUAUAUUGAAUUUUUUUAGUGAAACCCUAAUUAAUUUGUAAUUUAAUCAAUAAGAAAUCACUUACCAGCAAAAUAAUAAUAGUAAUAAGAUCUUGUAAGUGGUCAAUUACAUAUUUUAUAAAGUUUGUUACUUAAUUAAUACUCUAUUAGUGCCUUCCUAUAUUUAUAUUGGGUUAUACUAGUCAUACAAUUGUAUCUAACUUUGUACACACAAAAUUAUUAAAUUUUAAUGUAAGUUUUUUAAAAUUAUUUUUCAGAUUUGAUAGAGCAACUAAAGAGUUGAAAGAAGCUACUCCAUAUAUUGCCCGAUUUAAUGAAUUGAAUUCUAAAUUUGGUCAAACAUUAAUCGAUAACAAAAACUUAAAAGACAGUAAUAAAGUAAGCCCUUUUUUUAUUUGAUAACUUAUAUUUGUUAUGUGAUUAUAAGUGUAUAAUUUAGAGAAAUAAUAAAAAUAGUUUGUAAAUGUUACUUACUAAUUCUCUGGAAUGAUUUGUGUAAUGUAAAAUGUCUAUUAGAAAUCUAUAAAUCUCAAGACAUUGUUUUGAAUACCAAUUUUAAUAUUUAAAAUCGUUUGUACUUUUCUCUUUAUUCUGUUGUCUUAACUACUAAUCAUACUUUGUUGUCACAGCAUUAGAGAUUUAUAAUAAGUAAAAUAAAAUUACCAUUUUUUUUUUUAAAAUUGCAUAAUAUUACAAAUUAUCUCAGUCAGUGAAAUAAAUAUUGCAUUAGUUUCAAUAAAAAUGCCUAUAAAUAUCCACAGUUGUGGUAAUACCCUUCCAACGUUAUUAUUUUUUCUUGAAAACACACUCAUCGAUUUCAAAAAUUUUCCUGGGUCUCUGAUUUGUUUUUAUAAUAAUUACCAUACAUACUGCGUGCAUGUAAUUAUUUCAACUUAAAAUUGCCAUGAAUCAUAUUUAAAUGCUUUUAACAAAGAUAUCUUUGACUGAACUUACAGUAGUUGAGAUAACAAAUAGGUAAGUGAUUGGAAGGUAGUUUAAAUAACGAAAAAGAACCAAAUUUGAUUUGUGUUUAACUGCCUGAAUUAAUUGUGUUUCAUCAAUUUUGUAUAUUAAUUAUAUUGCAAAACUAUAACUUGAUUUUUUUAUCUUUUUAUUUGUUUACAGAAAUUAACUAAAGAAUUGGCAACAGAAAAAAAAACUGUUAAGGAUGUUCAAAAAACAUUAGAAGAAGAAAUCUUACAAAGAGUAGCAGCUGAAAACAAAUUACAAAGUUUGAGGGAAAAUUUUAAAUUCAAAGAAGAGGUAAAGGGUGUAACACAUUUAUGUAAUUUACUUUUAUAAUAAAUCAUAAUUUUUCAUAGGUCCAUAAACAACAACUGAAUGAUACAAGAACUAGUUGUCGUACUGAGACUGUUACAGAAGUAGAUGGACGUUUAAUAAAAGAGUAUGAAGAUAAAUUACAACUUGAACUUCAAACACUGCGACAACAAGCUGAAGAAGAUGUCAAACGGAAUAAAAAAGAAAUUUCUGAGUUAUUUGAUAGCAAGGUAUAUUCAGUAAUUUAAUGAAAACAAGUACCAUAAGUAAUUAAAUUUUUACUUUCAGUUUCAAAAUUUGGAGAAUGAAUUGCAACGUAAAAAAAAAGCUAUGGAGUUAGCACAAGAAGACAUAAAUGCUGCAAAUUCACGUAUUACUGAACUAACACAACAAAUAAAUGAUUUAUUGGCUUCUAAUAAUGAUCUUUUGGUGUGUUUUCAUUUUAUUUGUUCAUAUUCUUAAACAUUAUUAAUUGUUAUUUUUUAUUAUUUUUUUUUAGAGAAAAAUGACCGAUUUAGAACGAUUAAAAGAAAGUCAAAGAACCAAAUAUAUUUCUGAAAUCCAAGGACUUGAUCAGCAAUUAACUGCUAUGCAAGAUGAUAUGUCCCAGAAAGUACAAGAAUAUCAAGAUUUAAUGGAUAUCAAAGUUGCAUUAGAUAUGGAAAUUAGUGCUUAUCGUAAACUGUUAGAAAGCGAAGAGAAAAGAUUAAGUAUUACGCCGAAUACAUCAGUAGUAGGUAGUCCUAGAGGUAAAAAAAGAAAAUUGUUUCAACGCGAUACAACAGAGUAUGAAUUUUCCAAUAUCAUUACUGCCUCUUCAACUAGUGAUAUUGAAAUUAGUGAAGUGUGUCCAGAAGGGCAGUUUGUAAAAUUGUACAACAAAGGAUCUAAAGUAAAUAUCAGACUUCAAUUAUCUUACUUUUACUGAAGAAAUAUAAAUAUAAUCAUUUUUAGGAAGUUUCAUUGAGUGGAUAUGAAUUAGUGCGUACAACUGCUGGGGAUAAUGUUUCUACUGUAUAUAAAUUCCAUCGUACAUUAAAAUUAGGAGCUGGCAAUUGGUUAACUAUAUGGUCAUCUACUGCCACUAAUCAAGUACAUGAACCUAAUGCUGGUUCAAUCAUCAUGAAUACUCAAGUUUGGGUCAUUGGAGAUCUAAUGGCUACAAUUCUUUUAAAUCCUGAUGGACAGGUUAGGUUCAUUAUUAGUUUAUUUAUUUAUCUUUUGAAAGUAGAAAUUGCAACAAAAAACAUUUUUAAUUUCAUUGGUAUUGAUCUUUGCAAGUAAUCAAAAAAAAAAUACUAGUCACUAGCAUUACUUAACGUGUAAAUUUAUAUUUAAUUUACAAUGUUUUCAUAUUGAAUACAAAACAUAAACAAUGUAAUGAAUUACUAAAAACUUGUUUACUAAUUCAAUGUUUUUAAUUGUCUUUUUUUUCAAUUUGUUUGUCAUUUUUUGUUCAAAUUUAUUGUACAAUUAAACUGUACUAUUACCUUGAACACAAAUAAGUACAUAUAUAUAUAUAUAUAUAUUUUUUUUUUAGGAAGUAGCUACUCAUGAACUUAAAAAAGGACAGGUUUCUCAUUCACGGACUAAUGAUGGCUAUUCUGAAUAUGAAAGAGAAUUAUUUCACCAACCAGUAAGUAGUGAACAAUAUUAAGCUAUUCAUGUUUAAAUUAAUUUUAAUUUUUUGUCUCUAAUGUAAUAACUUCUAUUGUGAAAAUGUAAACUUGUGAAACAAGAGUAUUAACAAAUUAUAACUAUGAGCUGAAUAAUGGUAAAAAAGAUGAAUUUUUAAAAUAACCCAAUAAUACUAUUAUUUAAAUUUUGAUUUAAAAAAAUGGUGUAUUUAAUAUUUUGAUAUUUCAUAUUAUAUAUAUUUUUAAUUUUUUUUUUUAGGGUGAUCCACAAACUGGAGACAAAUGUGUUGUUAUGUAAAAUAUUCCCUGGAAUAUUUUAUUACAAAGCUCCACUUCAUAAAAAAAACAAUUAAACUAAAAAUUAUUGAUUUUUAUUUGUCAUUCAUUUUUUUUUUUUUUUGCAUUAUUUUUUCUACUAAUUUUUAUUAUUUUAUUGCAAUUUUUUUUGUAUUAAUCAUAUUAUAGUGUUCAUAAAAUCAAUACAACUAAAAAAAACUUAACUUAAAAAAAUACAUAUAUUUUACCAUUUUUUAUAUAUGUUUAUAUAUAUGAAAAAAAAAUAUGACCAGAGAGACAUAGGUACAUUUAGAUUUUUAUUGUACUUAAUAAUAUAAUAUGGUUAUAAUAUUACUGUCAAAUGUUUGUCAUACCUAUGUUGAACUAUGUAAUUUUGUAAACCGAUCAAAUGAUCUUAUUAAUUUACUUUUCUUUUUUUUUAAUUUGACUUACCAUAAAAACAUGUAAAAAUCGUUUUUUCAUUUGAUUAUCACUGAAAAUUUAAUAUAUUAUAUUUAAAUAUACAAUAACUAGUAUUAUUUAAAAUGUUUAAUUUUUUACCUGUUUUAUAAAACAAAACAUGCCAUAUACUAUUAGGAAGCAUAUUUUUGCAAUCAUAAAUUAAUAUUCUAUAGGUUUCUAUAAUAGUACUUGCACUUCCAUAUUAAAUAACAUGUUAUUUUUUAUCUUAUGUGUAAAAAUCCCAAAAAAUAUAUAAAAUUUGUUUAAUAUUUAUUCAUCAUAGUUAAAAAUAGUUAUUAUUAUUAAUUGCAAAAAUAUGUCAUCCUUAUGCCUUAAAUUAUAUUAUAAAACUAAAGUUUUAUUUUUACCAUGACUGACAUUUUUUUCUGUAUAUUCAAUUGAAAACUAAAGUUUGAUUUAGAUAUUGUCUUCCAAAUGUAUUAAGUAUAUUAUUAAAGUCAUAUUAUAAUUUUUAUUUUACAUAUAUUUUAUGUAUACAAAUGCUUAAUUCUAUUCAGUUAAAUGAUUUUUUUUGGUGUUAAUCAAAUUUUAAGGCUGUUAAGUUUUAUGUUAUUUUAUGUAUACUUAAAUAAAAUAUUUGUAUGGUCAUACUAAUUAUGUUUAAUGAAUGUCAUAAUUAUUCAGAUUUUAGUUUGUACAAUAGUUGUGUUCAGCUUUUUAAUUUAUUUAUUUCAUUUUUUUUUUCUUUUAAAUAGGUGGAUACUAAAAGUUAUAGACCUAUUAUUAUUAACAUUAUUUUUAAGAUCACUUCAAAUCAAAUUAUAUAUUUUCAUUUUUUAUUUUAUGUUAAAAAUUGUCAAAUUUUUUAAUUUAAAAUUUAAGGGCCAUUAUAUUUAUAUAAUUAUUUGUAGUUAAUUAUAUUUAUGUUAAAUUACUAACAACAUAACUAAAUUUUACACAUUUCUAAUCACAAUGUACGGAGUAAAAUAUUGUAAUUCAUUGAAUAUGCACUUAAAUAUAAGUUUAUUUAUUUAAAUGUAAAAGUAUUUUUUUUAAAAUUAAAGGUAUUAUUUUAAUUUAUAAAAUAUUGAAAAUUGUUUAUUUAUUAAUAUUGAUAACAUAUUUUGACAGAGUACAAUGAACUUAAUUUAACUUUUUAAAGCGCCAAUUUCACUUAAUUUGAUAACAUAUUUUAAGACAUAGUUAUAUUUUUACAUUUCUAUAUUUAUAGCAAGUUGUUUAGACUACAUACUUG